AUGGCAGCCAGAGCCCUACGCUACCUCUGCGCAGGAAACGUAUCCGUAUGCAAAAGCAUAACAGAGUCACGCGCUCUGCUCUGUCUCGCCGUACGCCUAGAAAAGGGGGAAACCGAAGUGAAAUACAAUUCCGCCAUGGCAUUGAUGGAAAUCACCGCCGUGGCCGAGCAGGACUCAUAUCUGAGGCGAUCGGCGUUCAAGCCGACUGCUCCGGCGACGAGAGCGGUGGUGGAUCAGUUCCUCCGAAUCGUCGAAAAGGCAGAUUGCGAGCUCCUAAUCUCUAGCAUUAUGUCAAUUGGAAACCUAGCGAGAACGUUCAGAGCAACAGAGACGAGAUUCAUACCGGCAUUGGUGAAUCUGCUGGACGACAGGGAGCCGGAGGUGAGCUGCGAGGCGGCGGCGGCGCUGAACAAGUUCGUCGUUCAUACUGCUGUGCUAUCUAGCGAUGCACGUGCCGGAUAG